AUGGAAAAUGUGAAGGAAAAUACAACAACAACAACAACAACAACUACAAUGACUCCAAGUGCAAAUGCCGACUUAAAAUGUAUCAUUGUACAACAAAGUUUUACCGGGAACAGACAAUUAAAAGUAACAUCUAUACCAAAAUUGGCACCACCAGCCGAAGGUGAAGUACUCAUUAACGUCAAAGCUUGUGGUGUGAAUUUUCAUGAUGUACUAGUACGAUAUGGCGUGUAUGAAGAAACACCAAAACCACCAUUUGUACCAGGUCAGUAUACAGUUUAA